AUGCGCAACGUAGUUGGCAGACUAGACAAUCGUCUCUUCGCCGUCACUCGACUAGUCGGUUCUUUUGCGUCCUCCGCGCUCCGCAUGCCUCCCUCUCAGCCCCCCCCCGUGUCGACUGGCGGGCGCCCUCCCCCACCACGGAGGGCGGGCGCGCAUGGGGGGAACGGCGGAGCGACGAAGAAGCGCGGGAGGGAGAACGAGACGGGGACGGGGAAGGAGGCGGGAGGCGGGGAUGCGGCGCGAAUUUACGCGGAAGUGAACAGUGGCGCGCAGCAGGACGUCAUGCGCGCAGUGUGCCCCGCCGAUAUCGCGGUGGCACCCGCGCGAGGCAGCGGCGGCGGCGCAUCGAGCGAUCCGCUGGCGGGCGUGGAGGCGCGCAUCGCGGCGCUUCUCGCGUCGGGCGGGCGAAGAGCGGGCGGCGGAAGCAGCAGCUACAGUGUUCCGCGCAUGGAGGUGCUGCUGGAGGUGCCGGGGGGGAAGAAGCGCGCGGGGAAGGACGUGGUGAGGCGCGGGGGGAGUGUGGCGGAGGCAGGCGGGCGGGAAGCGGGGAAGCGGAGCAGGCAGCGGAGCAGAGCGGGGGGAGUGGAGCGGCUGGUGUGGGAGCUCAAGGCGCGGCCUCACCUGUGCAGGUGGGGGGGAGAAGGUGGAGACAGCAGGGUCGGGAGGGUGGAGGAAGGGAUGGAGAAGGGCGGCGUUGCCAUUUUCACCCGCAUGGCACCCCUGGCGGCAGCAUGGAGCGACUAUGCUGCUGCGCUCUGCCGCUCUGCUGCUGCGCACCCACCAGCGCCCGCCACACCUGCUGCCUCCGCGUCUGAGAUCUUCUUCUCUUCACCCCUCUGUUCAAUCCCCCCAUGUCCUCCCAUUCAAUCCCCCCCAUAUCCGCGCUGUCCCAGGCGCAUGGGUGCAUGGGUGGCAGCGAUGGACCUCCAUGGCGCCAUGCUCACAGUGACACGUGCAGCCUCCUCGGGCCAUGUGGGGGUGGGCGGCAUGGUGCUGGCGGAGUCCACGUCAGCAUUCCACCUCAUUACACGGGAUGACCGCCUCAAAGUCAUCCCAAAGCAGGGCUCUGAGUUUCGUCUGCACCUGCCGCCUCUGCUACUGCAGUCAGCGCCGCCAAAGCAAGCAGUGGGGGCAUCCCCACCACAAGUACCACAGCGCGUGGUCACUUUGCAGGGAGACCUCAUGCGCACGCGCCCUCGCAUGCGCUAUGGGGACGCUCUCCGGCCAGCAGCAGUCUCAAAGAGGCUGCGCUCCGCUCUGCCAUGCCCUGCAACCUUGGUGCCUUCCCCCCUCUGUGCGCGCCCACUCCUUGCCCCUCGAUCCCCCCCACCCUCCCCUCUCUCUUCCUUAGUUCACCCCUCCAACUCCCCUCACUCACCCCUCUCACUCCCCUCACUCACCUCUCUCUAUCCCCUCAAUCCCCCCUCCCUCCCCCCCCCGCUAGGCGGCAUGUCGGUGGCGGCGGUGUUUGUGAACAAGGCGAUAUUCCGCGUGUACCGCUUCACCUUCCCCUACACGCUCGUCUUCUUCCAGACGCUCUUCACGCUCACGCUCCUCGCCGCCAUGCGCCUCUCCCGCGCCAUUCGCCUCGCCCCCUUCCGCCUCUCCGUCCUGCGCCGGGUACGCCCCUCCCUUGCCCCUUGCCCACAGGCGGCUCACGGGCAUGGGGCGGGUGCUCGGGGUUCUGGGCAACAGAGGGAGCAGAGGGGAGCAGAGGGGAGGGGGGAGUGGAGCGAAGGGCGGGCGGAAGUGGCGCUGCUGUCGUUCGCCUUUCUACUGAAGCUGCUCCUGGACAUGGCAGCCCUGUCCCGGGUGAACAUCCCGAUGUACGGGGUGCUCAAGUCCGCCACCACGCCCUUCGUGCUGCUGCUCGACUACCUGCUGCGCGCCAAGCGCGCCUCGCUGCGCGUGCAGCUCUCCGUCUACAUGACCGCGCUGGGGGGCGUCAUAGCGGGCACGGGCGACCUCACCUUCGACCUGCCGGGGUACGUGCUGGCGCUGUCGUCCGCACUGGCAACAGCGGCGUACGUGGUGAUAGUGGGGAAGCUGGGCGAGGAGUUGCAGCUGGACUCGUUCACGCUGCUGCUGUACAACAACUGCUGGUCGCUGCCCUUCUCCUUCCUGCUCCUCGCCCUCAACGGCGAGCUGCCCGCCGUGCAGCGAGUGCUGCAGUCACGAGACGCCAUGUUCCUCACGUGCUUCGUGCUGUCGUGCGCGUCUGCGUUUGUCCUCAACCUCGCCACCUACCUCUGCACGCUCGUCAACGACAGCCUCACCACCAGCAUCGUCGGGCGCACCAAGUCCAUCCUGCAGGGCCUGGGCGGCCUCUUUGCCUUCGGUGAUGUGCUCAUGAGCGUGACGAACGUGGUGGGGCUGCUGGUGAACAGUGCGGGCAUCGGGUGGUACGCGGUCGAGAAGUACCUCGAGGCGCGGCGCCGUUCGCACCACAUGCUCUCCCCGGGGCAUGCCCGCGAUGGCAAGGCCACCAUCACCCGCGACGGCUCCCAGCUGUCAUUGGUGUUCAACGAGGUGAAGACAGAAGAUGCCGGCCAACCAGACCCGCGCAACGGCUCUGUGUGA